AUGUCCUACACAAAGCUAUUAGGCCGCACGAUUGGUACUUUGAUUUUUCUGGUAUCGAUGGGGCAGAUAUACAACCACGAGCGGUUCAACCGAACGUCAGACCUUUCCAUCCAUGCAGCUCGUUUGCCCUUUCUCAAUGAUUCCUACGAUAAAGGCCAAAGAAACAUCAGCCAAGUCAUCCCAUAUACGGAAGAGACGGCUGAUUUCGAAAAGAGCUCCAAUAAUUCUGGGCAUCGACAGAAGUCAGCGCCACCGUUGCCGUCGUGGGUCACCGAAUAUUUUCACUGGCAUGCAGAUGAACGACAAAAGAUGACUCCCGAAAGCUGGGAAGAGAGACGCUAUCUCGUCUUGCGCUGCCUCGAAUCUGACAAAAGGUGCGGCGGCACGGCCGACCGCUUACAUAACUUACCCGUCUUGCUGCGAUUGGCGCAAAAGUCCCAACGAAUUCUGUUUAUUCAUUGGGAAAAACCAGCACCGUUGGAAGACUUUUUACUUCCUCAACCUCCGGAAACUUCGGAAUUGCGUCUCGACUGGAGACUUCCAUCGUGGUUAAAAGAGCCCAUGCAGCUGGGUCAGAUACCGAUUUCGCGGCUUAUGAAUGGUACGGACGGAACAGGCAUCAUCGACUCCGAUGAGCGAGUAGUGGCAAUGCGGUCCCUACACGGAUCGCUUUUUUACGAUGAAUUGAAAGGGCCCGACGAACCAUCGUACAACAAUAUUUUAAAGUUGCUCUGGUAUGCCGUCUUCGUACCAGCUCCAAUUGUUCGCGUUCGUGUUCAACUCCAGCUCGCCAGGCUAGGAUUGACACCUGGAGAGUAUGCGUCGGCUCACAUUCGUUCCUUGUACAUUGGAGACGAGACCCAUGUUGAUACCUUGUAUGUACACGCUGUCACAUGCGCAGCGCAAGCUACCAACAAUGCUUCUUUCCCCAUUUUUGUGACGUCGGAUUCUCCGUUGGUGGAGGAACAGGCCGUUGUCUUCGGAUCAGCCGUCCACCAUCUACGUAUAGUAACGCAUAACAGAUCGGAGACCUUACACUUGGAUAGAGGCCGCGAUUUUUUAACGCAAGGCCGAUCUGAUAGCUGGAAGAGCAUUGAUAUGGACGGCUUCUACGAUGUUUUUGUGGAUCUUUAUUUGGUUGCAAAUAGUCGGUGCGUAUCAUUUGGAGUGGGCGGAUUCGGAAGGCUUGGAGCACUACUGAGUGCAGAUCCAUCCUGCGCUUAUAAGUAUGCCCCGGCUACUCGUAGUGACCAAUGCACGGUUCCAAAACCAAUACGAAACAUCUCUGCAGCAAAAGCUGUAUUCACGUCGAGCUCGCUGUUUUCCUCUCCUUCUAUUCUACCAAUUUACAAUUCCACAACAAUUCACUCGUGGAACAAUACAAAGAUGAUUCCGAAGUGGAUGAAACAGUACUUUUGUUGGCACCAGGAUGCCCGUCGAUUGCUUCAGAAUGGAGAAAAGUCAGCUUCAGACUACAAGUACUUGGUACUGCGAUGCUUAACGAAGAAUAAGAAAUGUUCAGGCGCCGCAGAUCGGCUAAAGUCAAUUCCAACUGCGAUACGAAUGGCAUACGACUCACAGCGAUUGCUUUUUCUCAAGUGGGAAAGACCGUGUGCGCUAGAACACUUUCUAGUCCCACCUCGCGGUGGACUGGAUUGGCGAAUUCCUUCCACUUUAGAGCUGGAUUUUGAAGAAAAGUUCAGCUGGCGUGACAAGGCUAUUGUUCUGACGGAAAGCAAUAAUGUCGAAAAGGCUCUCAAAUCCGAAGAAGUGAUCGUCAGUUUGAAGUCAGUACGCGACAGAAAGUAUUUUGAGGAACAAAGAGAACCAGGAGACUACAGUUUCGAAGAAGUAUAUCGAGAGGUUUGGUCUUCUGUUUUUGAACCAUCCCCACCUGUGGCUCGCUUAGUCAGCACGGUCAUGGAGGAGCUAGGUUUGCGGCCUGGUGAAUAUGUUGCCGCCCAUGUCCGAGCCCUCUAUGUGCAAAAUACUGUCAAGAAUCGAGAAGAGAUCAACGCACUGAACUGUGCUUCGCAAUUGGGACCACGAGCGACGAUCUUUUUCGCCUCAGAUUCCGCUGAAACAACCCGACUUGCACUUCAGUAUGGCAGGGGAAAAGAAGCCACCAUCGUAGCGCGUAUCGGCGAGAGUGAGCCACUUCACCUCGACCGUGGGCACGUCUUUUUGGAGCAGCAUGGGGUAGUUGCCGGUGAACAUGAGCCUCAAGACUUUUACGAUACAUUUGUGGAUCUUUAUAUUCUAGCCGAGAGUCGCUGUAUAACUUACGGGGCAGGAGGGUUCGGAAGCUGGGCGAGCCUCAUUUCCAGAAACUCACUGUGCUCUAUUCGACAUCGCACGACUAAUUGCGUUUGGUUUGACGAUCCCAUACUGGGAUCCCCAUCUUUAUCAGCUAUUCGACCCUGA